CGCGCGGGCAGAGCGGGGAGCCGGGCGAGGGGACAGCUCCGCUCCCCGCAGCCCAGUGCCUCCCACCGGGGACUAUCCUGCCAGGCCAUGCCUCCGUGGGCGGUCGCGCUCGUGCUCUUGCUGGCCGCGCUCGCCCUGCUCCUCCUGCGCCCCUGGAAGCGCGCCGUCGGAGCGCGAACCUCCGUCCGGGACCACGAGGAGCCGGAGGUGGUGAGCGGAGGCCCCGCGGAUCAGUUCAGCGACCGGCGCGAACCGCUCCCCGGGGGCUGCAGCCUCAUUUGCAAGCCGUCCGCGCUCGCCCAGUGCCUGCUGCGCGCUCUGCGACGUUCGGCGGCGCUGGAACUCAGUCCGCGCUCCUGGCUGUCGGGGCCCCACCUGCAGACCUUCUGCCACUUCAUCCUGCCUGUCGGGCCCGGGCCCGAGCUAGCCCGUGAGUACCUGCAGUUGGCAGAUGAUGGGCUGGUGGCUCUGGAUUGGGUCAUAGGACCUUGUGCCAGGGGCCGCCGGGUCACCAACCCUGGGAGCCUCCCUCCAGUGCUGUUGGUAAUCCCCAAUGCAUGGGGACGCCUCACCCGCAAUGUACUGGGGCUCUGCCUGCUCGCCCUGGAGCGCGGCUACUACCCGGUCAUCUUCCAUCGCCGCGGCCACCACGGUUGCCCGCUAGUCAGCCCCCGACUACAGUCUUUCGGGGACCCGUCCGACCUCAAGGAGGCGGUGACUUACAUUCGCUUUCGACACCCGGCGGCCCCCUUGUUCGCGGUGAGCGAGGGUUCAGGGUCCGCGCUGCUGCUGUCCUACUUGGGGGAGUGCGGCUCCUCCAGCUAUGUGACCGGCGCCGCCUGCAUCUCGCCAGUGCUACGCUGUCGCGAGUGGUUCGAGGCUGGCUUGCCUUGGCCCUAUGAACGUGGGUUUUUGCUGCACCAGAAAAUCGCUCUCAGCAGGUAUGCCUCCGCCCUGGAAGACACCGUGGACACCAGCAAACUCUUCAGGAGUGGCUCCCUGCGAGAGUUUGAGGAGACCCUGUUCUGCCAUACCAAGAGUUUCCCCAUCAGCUGGGAUACCUACUGGGAUCUCAACGACCCGCUCCGGGAUGUGGAUGAGGCUGCCGUGCCCGUGCUGUGCAUCUGCAGCGCUGAUGACCCGGUGUGUGGACCCCCAGACCACACUCUGCCUGCGGAACUCUUCCACAGCAACCCUUACUUCUUUCUGCUGCUCAGUCACCAUGGAGGCCACUGUGGCUUCCUGCGCCCGGAGCCCUUGCCAGCAUGGAGCCACGAGGUCAUCUUGGAGUCCUUCAGGGCCCUGACUGAAUUCUUCCGCAUGGAAGAGAGAAUGAAGGGGCUGAGCAGGCGCAGGACUUCAUUUUUAGGGGGCCGGCGUCGCUGGGGAGGCCUGCAGAAGAGAGAGGUUUCCCCUUCUUCCAAUCUGGAGGAGAUCUUCAACUGGAAGCGUUCAUACACCAGGUGAGGAUCGCCUGGGGAAGCCCCUGGACCUGUGAGAAAGACCCCGUCCCACACACAACGUUAUCACAGUGAAGAGGGGGGCUCUGCGUCCCUCUCUCUGGAGAAAGAGAACUUUCACCCUGAGUGUACUACCUUGAGAAGAAUUGCCCUGCCUCUAAGAAAAAUUGCUCAUCCUGCUCAGCCCUGGGCCACUGUCUCCUGUCAUCAAAGUGACAAGUAAAUAGAGUAGCAGCCCUGAGAAAGUCCGCGGACCAGAGAGAAAUUCUGGCUCUUCUAGCUGGGAGUCCAGGCAGGAUGAACUUAUGAGAGUCGAUGGGUGGUUCUGUCCUACAUAAAUAAUCAUCUUGGUGACUCUGCGUCUCGAGCUGGAGCCACUUGGUACAGAAAAGACAGGAUGUUUGUGUCUCUGUCCCAUUUCCCUCAUGUGCUCUGCGGUUGUGGUUCUGCUCUGACUCGCAUAUCAGCAGCUGGGGGAAGCAGGCGGCCGCAGUUGCCUAGCUCUCCCCGGUCUGAGAAGCCAGAAGAUGCAGGAGAUGCUGGGCUGAGGCCAGGGUGGAAGGAGCUAGUAGGGGUAGAAUGUGAGUGUCUGUCCCUGCCUCUCACGGUGGAUGGAAGCUCCAGGGCUGACCUAGGCCUCUAGGCCGGGCUCUCAAGCUGGUUCAGUCCAUCUCCUAAAAGCUGUUUUAGGAGUAAGAGGUGCUAUUGCCCAGGGUCUAAGGGUUUCUGUUAGAUCAUGGUGGUGUUAACCAGGUUAGGCCAGACGCGCGCGCGCGCGCACACACACACACACACACACACACACACAUACACACACGCACGCACGCGCACGCACACACACACCUUCAGUUCUGAUCCAGGAGAGUCCUCCAAAGAGCAGCAGCCAGAUGUGUUCCUCCUGAAAUGUGGGCUUUCUCAUAGUCAGUGAGAAGAGUAACAACCCUCAUACAAGAGUUUCUGGUCAGUUUUCUUCUGGUACUAGCUUCUCACUUUCCACAGCCAGGCAAGAAAUCUGGGAGCAGUGGAGAGAAAAACCCCAAGAGUUUAGUGAAGGCAGGCCAACUAUUUCUGAGUGUCUCACAUUACAGCUUUGUCUGCUCAAUUAUUCAAGAGGCGGAAGCCUGUUUUCUGAAUCCGUUCACUCAGCCACUAAGUGGGCAUUUGGUUUUAUGAGGAGUAAUGCCGAAGACCCUAGAACAGUAAGCUAUAGCUCACAGGAUGACUCGCGUAGCUUGGAACGGACUAAAGCUUUUACAAAUCAUUUUGUCAGCUGGACAUCUGGAUCCAUGUGUUGUUAAGACUCCAAAUCUACCCUGAAA